AGCUGAGAUUUUUUUCGCGAAGGAUAGAACGGCGCCCGAAGCAAAUCGUUUUAAUUCAUUUCUUAGAAUACUAGAAAUGCAAUUUCAACGAAAGAAACAAGACAAAAACAAACAAAAAAGCCACAAGAGCUUGUUUGAAAGUUUGUCGAAAAACACAUGGAACUAAAGUAGCUUGACCAGCUACGAAAGAAGACAAGUGUUGUUUCUUCAUGAUCGCGAAGCCAUUCGCCGAUCGAGUCACUCGCCGAUAGAUAACUGCAGCUUGUUUAUCCGACAUCAAGAAUAUAAAUCACAAGUAACCAGCCACAAAUACAGGCUAUGCAGCCAUUCACUAGAGCAAUCGAGGCGGCAGUAUAUAGCUUCUUUUCUCGUUCAGCAAAACCAGCUUGUGGCUUCAAACAACUUCAUAACAAGUGACCGAGGUAAUACUGGUAGUUUUUCUCCGUUGUUCUUACUUUUAUAACUGCACCAAAAAUCCAAAUUCAUAGUAAUUUCGACGGCUGUCACUUAAAAAUUCCUUUCCUUCACAUUAUCUGCCAGGUUUUUUAAGCUGUUCUGCUGUGUAAAAUCCUAGAAUCACGAUGAGUUUUUAAAGAACUAAUGUUCAUCGCACAAUGUUUUGAUUUUUCAUUCAUGCAGUCCAGGCGAGUCCGUUCGCGCGUUGACAGUUUUGAUAGAUGUGUGACAUGUCAAUAGCGGAAGUCCCUUGUCUUUUCCUGUUUGUUCUAGUCGGGGCGAUUCAACGAGAUUUUGUGGGCGUUUUUAAUAAAACAAUUAUUCCACUCGGGCUUGUUGGAUAUAAAAUGAUUAUAGCGAACUCGGCGUUAUGCGCCUCGUUGGCUAUCUAUCAUCUCAUAUCCAACGCGCCCUCGUGGAAUAAUUGUUAAGUAUACUGUACUACACAGUAGUAGUAGUAGUGGGAGUGGUAGUAGUUGUAGUUGUAUUGCAGAGACAGUGCAAUAAAAUUUAUGUGGACUCAUGAAAGGUUUCUGUUAUGUUAGAGCCCUCAAGGAAGCUCAAGACAUCUUUGGUCUGGACUUUGAUUUUGAUGAAUUUAAAAAGUAUGGAAGAGAUGACAGUUCGUGAGACGAGGAUGAAGAUGAAUAUGAACAGGAAGAUGGGGAAGAUGGAGCAUUAAGAAGGCAGAAGAAAAAAUCCGCAAAAAAAAUCAAUUUAUGAGGUGAGGUUUGUGAGGGCUUCUGUCACUUGGUAAGAACAUUAUUAAUGUCAACUUGUCCAAUAGAAAAGUGCAAUAAUUAUUGUUGUUGUCCUGAGAGGAAGAGUUGAAAAAAAUAAUAAUUAAUUUUGAUUUUUUUGUUUGAAAUGAGAAUAACAAACUGAAACCUUUUAAUUUCUAACUUACAUGUACAGACUGUAUUAUUAUAAUUAUCAUCAACAAUAAUAUUAUUGAAUUAGGCUGAUUAUGAUGUGAAGAAUUAUGCCGAUGGAGAAGAAUGUUAUCCACCGAGGCUGAAGGAGAAGUCCAAUAACAGCCUCUGAGGUCUCAAUUUUUGUCAGAAAUCCAGCUAUUUCAUCUUUGGAUAGCCAUGAAUGCCAUUUUUUUUUAUUCCAAUCAGGAAAACAACAGCUAGGCUACUUGCUUAGAAGCAAGGUUUAUAGAUAGGUUAUUAGGCAAGAUCCCAUCAAAUCAAUAGUAUAAUUAUUGCUUACAUCUUCCAAAUUUGGUAAGCGAGAGCUGCAUGGUUAUGAAGAAUAACCCAGAGUAUUGGAGCCAAUUAGAAAGGGCAAAAUAUUUUGAAUUAAUAAUCAUAAAGUUAUUAGAAACCUCCAUUAAGCUUAGGGAAUGCGUCCAAAUAUCGGUAGGCAACCCGAUCAUGGGAAACGGACCCGAUCAAUUUUCCUAUGGUUCAGAAUCGGUACCUAUCUGUAGGCACUAAUUGCCGUUUCCGAUAAUUAUAAAACUUUGCCAAUUCAAUCGGAGCCAGAUACAUUCCGAUGUGGGUGAUGGGGUAUCACAUUUAUCUGAUAAGGAUAUGUGAUUCUGCAAACAAUUUUUGUCACAAAACCAAAUAAUGAAAGAAUCAUUUCACUCAACAAAAUAGCCUGCGUUGCAGCUGGCCCGGUCUUUAAAACUUGCUUUGUUCUCCAUAGUGAAGUAAUUAUAACAAUACUUCAGUGGAUGUUUUUUUGCCUUAUAAGUUUGUUCGAAGAUGUAUACAAGGCUGUUCGACGUUUUGUUUUCUGUCAUCCGAUCGGUAAUUGCUUACAAACUUUUCCACGCUGUUCUAACAAAAUGUAGAGCGAGUCAUAUUUCAAAACCUCUCAUAAAAAUUCGUUUUGACUCCCUAGCUGCCAAACUGACUACAAAAAGAAUGGCUUUUGUGACUUACUUGUUCUUCAAGCGUAAGCAUGGUAGGGCCUGAUGAAAUUGCUUUUCAGUUUUGUCUCUCUAAAUUCAAGAAAGUUUGUGCUUGACAUUUUAAAAUUUUAAUCUACAGGUUUUAGACUCUACAAUGAAAAGUAUUGCAGCAUAUUUUAUCAUCAUUAACUUUACUCCCAUCAAGUGAAAGGGGGCUGGACCGGAACUGAUUGAGGUCACACAAACAUGUUAAAACAAUGAAAGACUUAUUAUUCCUUUUAUGAUAUAUUAUUACUAUAGGCCUAGUGAAAGCAUACCCAUAAUGGUAAAACUAGAAUCUUUUCUUUUCUUUUCCGUGGUAAAACUGACAGGUCAACUUAAGAACAUAUUCUCGAAUGCUGAUUUUUUUCGUGAUCGGUAACGUGAGAAUUGAAAAAAUAAUGUGACGUGCCGUUAGAGCUCAACCUACGGCUAAAACUACCACCGAUAAGAUAGAUAGUUUUUCACCGUUCAUGACCACCUAACAAAACUAAAGCUUAUUGGAACUGAAUGUGAAUGAAUAAAGUUUUAAAUAUGCGAAAAUAUGUCUUCUUUUUCAAAACUCGCUUCAAGCUCAGGCAAUAUUAAAAACACAAACCGGCAAAGUUUAUGCCCCGCGUGGCAUGGUUAUCUCUCAUGGGUCAUCUUUGUUCUUUCCACCGUACUCAUACACUUUAAAACCAAAGUGUAAUAUUUUAAAAAGUUCACCUUUAAACUGUAAUAAAAAAUGCUCGUCAUAACGGUGCCCUUCACUGUGCUAAACUUAUGUGCCUAUAAAUGUAAACCCCGUGGGGGGGAGUGCGGGCAAGGGGUGGGAAUUUGACAAAUUUUUAAAUUUUUUGAUCAAAUUCCCCAGGGUGGGAAAUGAAAGGUCAAUCAAAAGUGUCAAAAAAGCCCCCACCCCAGGGGAAAAAUCUAAACAAACAAUACUAUUAUUCCUGUAUAAAAUGAAUUAAAAGAACAUUUCAAAAGUACGUCCUUACUAAACGUAAGCUCCGUUAAAUUACUCGCUGUAAUUAAGUAUUUCUCUGUCCACUAGCAUCUCUUGUUUUGAACAACAAAAUCACUCUAGGAAGAUUGACCGUGCUAUUAUAAUAUUAAUGAAACGCAAAAUGCUUUAUAACAUCUGCUCAACAUGUCGGAACAGGUCGGAUCAGUGACCCGUAAAAAAUCCUCUGAGUUUCAUGGUGGAAUUUGAUGUCAAUCAAGUUUUACAGUCAGAUGGGAACUUGAAGAUAAAACUUUCUCAAAAUAGACAUUAUCUGUUUAGAUGACAGUUUAAAGUAUCGGAUUAUGGCGAUUAAAACAAAUGAAAACUUCACACCUUUCUCCAGUAGCGUGACUUUCAGAAAGCCUGGAGGGAUAGCCUGUUCCAGGCGUUCAGAUAGUGGGGAGCGGUGCGAAGUAAAAAGGAGCGCGGAAAAAUAAAAGCGAGGGAGGGGAAGAGGUGAGAGAGGGAACGCCUGUUAGAUUUGUUUUAAAUAGACUCAUCCGCCCACUCAGACCACAUCAGCUGUAGGUGGUCUUCACUUGUCAAUCAAGACUGAUGUUACAGACCCAUCCAUUUAUUAUUUUUCUUACGAAUAAAUCAAAAUUUCUCAGAUCAAAAAUUAAUAUUAUGUAUACAUAGUCUUACUAAAAACCUAAUGUAAGACUCUCAGACAAUAGAGAGCGAGAGAAGUAAUUUAUUUACAGCUUUAAAACAUGAUUUCAGCGUGUACGUGACAAAAAAAUUAUGAAUCAAGUGACAAACAAAUAUCGCUCAUUUCGAUAGAAAGCCGUUUCAAUACAGAUGGUUAACUCGAGCAAUGAAAAUGCCCAACAAACGAAGGGAAAAUUUACUAUUCGGUGAUUGAGUGGACCUCAUCAAUAGCGAUAGCUGCAACUUGCUUUCCAAGCUUUCCUUUUGAAGUCCUUUUGUUCAUUCCUUAGACAACCACGAUUUGUGACUGCAGUACGCCUUUGAGUGAAUUUUUAAGGAUCAUACAAUUUCACAGCUUCCACUUUUAACGGCUUCAUCCACAUUUUCUCCCAUCAUUGCCGCCGCUACUCCGAUUUUGUUCAAAUGUUCCACUUGGUCUUUCAUGAUGGCAAUCAACGGAGUUACCACAACAAUACAUCGUAAAUGGCAUUCUAUCCUGUCUUCAUUCCAGCACACGCUUUAUUCGAGGAAAAAGCUGGAAAAUAAGUCUUUUUCCAAAGCCAGUUGGUGAAAUUGCGAAGACAUCUAUCCUGCCCACUACGUGUUUUAAACAGUUCCUUUGCUCUUCGCGUUUAGCCUCCACGUUUGGAAAGUCACUUAGCGCUGUGUUUGUUGCGAGUUCGAAUUCUGGAAGGGACGUAGAGUCUGUUAUCACCGCCAUAUCACAUUUCUCGCUGUGAUCGAAGACGCUCCACUGUUGACAAAAACUGUCAAAAUCAACCAAUCAGAGGGUAUACCAGGAUCUGGUAUACCGGAACGCACUUUUGUUAAAAAUUCUUACAAGCGUUCCCGCACCUUUCUCCCCAGUCCCCCUCUACUUUUCAUUGCUUUCUUUACUUCGCACCGCUCUCCACUAUCUGAACGCUUGGAACAGGCUACUGGAGGGACGGACUUGCUAACCGCUUCUGCAUUGAUACCAGGCUUCUCUCGGUCAAAGUCAAAUGUCCCGACCCUGGGGUCGCUUCGCACGAUCAAAACCCCGACCGGGGGAUAGUCUCAGGCAUCAAAUCCCCGCCCCUUGCCGCCUCCCCCCACGGGAUCUACAUUGAUAGGUGCAUUAGAUCAACAAUAAUAAACUUUCUCUCCCUGUAGAGUCAGAAGAGUUGAUUUUGUUGAUCCUAUAUUUGCUGCGGAGUGACCGAAGGGAGCGAGCAGCAACAUAAUCAGGAUUUAAAGGAAAUAUAUAAGGGGCGACAAAUUCUUGAAUUCAUCACUUUUUACCACAAUGCAUUGCAUUUAACCAGAGUGCAUUGCUCCACGAACAACUCAAAUAAAAACACGGGGAAGUUCGGUGGGUGAGAGAGUGCAUCGUUCGCUGCUCAGACUUAGAGUUUUCUUCGUGGCAAAUUUUCUACAGCACGGUUAGAGGUCUUACCAAAUUUUAAGACACGCAGGAGUCUUUCAGAUUAGUAUGAUGGUUAACUUGGGGAUUGGAUUUCAAUUCAAGAGUCCCACCAAAUUCUGUAUUCCGUCUUUCUUUGUUUUUUUCUGUUUUUUGUGUUGUUGUUUUCUAUAAAUAUAUAACUAAAUAACUGUUACUCAAUAAAGUGCAACAAACAGCAAGAAAAGUAUUGUGUUUCCAGAGAAAAUAUCGUGCACCGUAUAUUAAAUAUAUGGAUAAACAAUCUGAAUUCUAUUAUUGUCGUAAACAUAAGUUUAUGGGCGCAAAUAGGUUUUAAAAAAAAAACAGAUUACUUUAGAUUACUUUAUCAUGGUUAUUGUAAUUUGCAGAAAACUUAUUUCGUUCAUUGAUCUUUCUCAAUCAUCAUAUUAGUCACAGUGUAAAAAUAGGUGCAUUUCAUAUUGAAUAAACUAGAGGCAAUGUUUCGCACGCAAACGUGAAAGUUGAACCUUGUUCACGGAUGUUACGUUUCCGAAGCCUUUAAUACAUUGCCUCUGCUGAUUUUAUUCGCGUAUAACGUUUUCAGCACACGCUCAUGGAAAUUAUGCAACAGUGGAAAUCCUCCCUUAGACGUUUCAUCUUCCUAAUCAUGAUUUUUUUUUGCAUUUUCACAGUCUGCGACUGCCUUUAAGAAUGGAGAUAAGGUUCAGGCAUUUGAUCCUGUGUUGGGACAGUGGCUGAACGGGACUGUUCUUGAUUGGACAAUGGUGGCAGAGUUUUAAUACACUGGGCAGGCUACACAAGGUAUUUUGAUGCUUGGCAGGACGCCUUGGAAGUCCGAAAACCUGAAGGAGAAAGGCCUUUGGAUAGGCGACGUCCAGUGUUAAAAUCAAAUUUUCCAAAACGACAACACCCAAGCAUCUGCAGAAGGAUGACCUUGUCUGAGUGUGCCACAACCACGAUUGGUCUGAGGCAGAAAUGGCGGCAAAAAACGAUUGCUUCAGAGGAGAGGUGAGACAUUAAGUUUUUCAAAAUCCUAUUUUUUGUCAGCAGGGUAAAUACAUUUUAACAUAAGUUUAUCUGAAUAGAUUUUUGGAUGACAGAGAGACCCAACUGUGACCCCAUAUCUCAAAGAUGCUCUUGCAUGACUCGUCAGCCAAUUUUGGUUAUCCUGUAUUUCUUUGCUUGCACCACCGUGUGGCACACAAUUGUUGCGUUUUUGCCCGGAUUUUUCCAGCGAUCCGCAAAAAUACGUUCCCGGAAAUAACUUCAAUUUGCCACACAAAAAAAUACGGUAAAAGAAACUGUAUCUGUUCAAUUACAACUUGUCUCUUUCGUUCAAAGACAAAGUGGUAUACAAUGAAACAAAUACUGGUUUUACAUCGCAUACCGCAGUAUUGUUUGAAAAUAAUGUAUCAAUGCUGGAUACUUUUUCCCAGCAGGAAAAAUCAAUCUGUCCUAAUUGCAAAAAUUAGUUCCCACAAAACACAACAAAUCGUCAAUCCGCAAAAAUAUACUCCCGCAAAAAUUUCAUGCCACAAGGUAGUCUUCAGGCCAUUUGAAAGUACUGUUGCACAUUGCAAAUAUGACUUUUAAUCGGGGGGAGAGGAUGUCCAUAUAUCAAAAUAAAGCAGUGAUCUGUUGCAAAGCUUAUCGUUAACCAGUGAGGGCUUGCCGCAUCUGCAUUUUAAUGUGUAAUAAUGACGGGCAUGACAGUUUUGUUUGUCGGAACGGAAUGCUGGUAUCUCUUAUGUAAAAUUACUCGCCUAAUAUGAACAGCAGCAGUAAAUACAGCCAACGGAUACCUUUCAUUUUCUUUCCUUCUGUUUUUGUAUGUUGUUCGAAUAAUGAGAAGUUUCAAAUCUAAGAAUUAAUAGGUUUUAUUACUAAAUGACACUAGCGAAAGAGCAUGACGACGUUUUAUAGUUUCGGGAUUUUAAUCAGUCCAUCAACGUUCCAGUGUUAGAGCCACACUGACUGUUGUUGUGUUUAUGAAAGUUGUUAGCCUUCCAUAUCAAAAGUUACACUUCCUUAUGUUUUUGCUUUCACUCAUUUUUUGUUAUCUUUAUCUCAUUGAUAAAGUUGUGUCCUUGACCGAUUGCUUUCUGGGAGCCGCAGGGAAUUAUCAUUUAGAUAAUUUUAUAUAUUUCGAUUGAAGGAUUGAUUGACCUUGCGUGGAGGUCCUCGCACAAUUUGAUUUAUCAGUAUAUUUCUAUAUUUAAGGUGAUGUGACAUGAGACGAUUCGCAAUGACGGUGUUUAGCACAGCACAGGGGAUUGUUAAAACAUUGCAACGCGGUGUUGCACUGAAAAUCGUCCCGUGUCUAUCACCUUAUGUACAUUUUCUAAACUUUGAUGAGUAAUAAAAGCAAUUGGCCCAAAUUUUUUUAUACAGUAAUGCAAGUUUGACUUUUGUGCAAAACUUGUGAAAGUGUAUUACAUUGAACAAACACCGGUUCUGUCCUCUUGACGAGUCCGUAUAAACCGGGUGCCAAUCUAUACAAAGAAUUUAUUUGCUUUCAACAGGUAACUCUGAAAAGCAGAAGAGUAGCAAAAUAUGAAUACAUAAAAGAAAACGAGCCUGAAGAAAGUGUUCAUGAAGUGACAUGCGAGGAAGACUUUAUAGAUGUGGACACAGCUACAUGGACCAACAAAGAAAGUGAAUUACCGGACCUAGAUCAUUUAGUGAGUAUCCAUUUAUUAUUUUCCCCAUCAUCUCAAAUUAAAACUGUAGGAAGAAACUGUGAAACAAAAGUGGUUGAUUUUUCGUGCAGAAUGUACAUAUUGUAUCAAGACAUUAAAUUGGGACCAAGUAUUUAAAGAUGUCACAUACGAUUUUAAUUUUCAUUUUAUCGCGUUUCUUUAUGAUAGUCUUCAUGAUAUAUCACAACACGUGAAGUAUAUGAAAACAGUAAAAUUCCCCGUAAAUAACUAAUCAAUUUACUUUGUGCCUCCGACCCGUUUAUUCAAAAUCCUUCUGAGGGACAAAUAACAUAUGUUUUCUGCCGUAAUGAGCUCAAAAAUAUAAUUUCUCUUACACACUAUGUAGGCAGAGAUUAUAGGAGUUUUUGUCGAAAUCAUUAUUUUAAAGUUGAGAAACUCUGCUUUUAGGGUAGUGACGAAGAAACAGCCAAUGAAGACGAAGAAAGGGAGUUUUAUGAUCUGCAGGAUUUGGUGAGUGUACAUGCAAUUUAGUCAAUGUCGGAUUACCCUUUUUACAUACAUAGAAGCGAAACCAACUGAGUUCGUUCAUUGAAUCAAUUUUAAUAAUUCAGUUGUAUAAAGAAAUGUAUGCAUUCCGGAGCCCCUCUCCCAACCCCACCAUUUUAUCUUCGGUGAUAUUUAUUUCCUGUAUAUAAUAGGUGAAUUUUUCCGGUGAAUUAAGCCUUAUUUCACAUUCCUUUGAAUUAUGAUUAUUUUAUUACCCGUACAGGUCUGUACAGGUGUUAAAUGAGCUGUGUAACGAAAUUUCUGAUCAAAACCUUAGACAGAAACCUCCACAAAAUUAAGAUGAAACACACAAAUAGCUGCUCAAAACGAUAAAAGAAGUUAUAAGUUCAUGUAACCAAUGUACAGUGUAGUUACAACAAAUACAAACAGAGGCUCGGUUACUUUUUGCCUAGUUUUCUCAAAGGUCAUUUUUGUUCAGUUUUGUAAGGUUUGAAAUGCUUGUGAAACAUUUUUGUUCAGUGCCGUCACAAAGCUUGAAUUUUGUCGCUCACAAGUAACAUUUCAAGUUCCAUUGUGAAUAAGGACAAGUAGUUGGCAAUAAUAUACAAAAGACCUAGACAGCCCCCGUGAUACAACCCCUUUAAAGUGAAAACUGAGUUCUGUGUGAUCCAUUUAACCUAAUGAAAAACUUUGACUGUCUUGCUGCCUUUAUACAGGACAAAAUGAGGGGUGAGGACGACAUUGACGAUGUUUUGGAAAAGCUGAAGUUUGAGGAUGCUUUAAAAGAAAUUUGUCACAACCAAGAAAAACUUUUGCCAAAUCAAACCAAGAUUCAACAAUCGUUAAGCGCUAUUAAUGAGCUCUUGAACAAGAGACUUCAGAAAAGACAAGAAGCUCUGCAGAUUGCAGCCUUUUCUUCAGUUUCAACCAGGCCCAGUCCAAGAAGUUCAAUGACCCCAGUUUCAGUGGAUUCCACUCCUACUAUAGUCAGCUGCACGUCGACCCCUGUUAUCUCUCCUCCUUCCUCCCAAAGUAUCUGACUUCCAUCUUCCAACCGUUCUAAUUCACAUGGUGUAGAUAAAAAUCGGUGUUUCAGCUUGGAUGAUUGUAAUGACCUUACUUCAUUUAAUGCAAGGAAUAAUGAGGACACCCUAAUAGAAAGCACGCCAUCCUCUUUUGCCACCCAAAUCGAGCCCACUUUCUGUGAUUUUACUGCUGGUCCUUCUAGUAGCUCCAGUAGCUCAGUGCAAAUGGGCGGAAAUACAAGUUCUUGUUCUUUGGGGGUACUUUCUAAUAUAUAAAAUUAUACAAAAUAAGUGUACUAACUUGCUGUUUAUUUACAAACUUUAUUCAAACUUGUAGGUGUCACCUGUAUAACUAUGACUUGUAAACAUUGCUUCCAAGCUAGUUUUAUAUUUUGUAUUUUGUUUCAAUUGCAAUUAAAAGUUUAUCAUAAUUCAAUUCACUGUAGGGAACGGCGUUUUCAAGUUGUUUCUGCCUACAUAUCCAGUUUAAAUAUCAGAGUUGACUCGCACGUCGCAAGCUGGUUUGUUAAAAGCAGUUUUCUUUCCUUUCUUUAACUCGAGUUAAUAAAUUUUAUGGAAUGCUUCGUUUUAUCUCGUUUCAGAAAAGAGCAAAAAAUUAGUUGUUUCUUUAAAAAUUCGGAGUGUCAACGGAAUGUGCAAUCAACAUAACAAUGAAAGAUCCAGCGAGUUUGAUGAGAGAACUUGCCCAAUUCUAACCGGUUAAGCUCACUCCUGUACAUGCAAUGUCAUGAAUGCCUGAUCUGACAGUAUUCUGUCCCCUAUUUUCUUGGCUAAAAGAUUUUAAAAUUCCUCCAGCAAUUAAGGAUUCUUGAAUCACGCGUUUUGGAUUCAAAGGUCGUAAAUGCAUUCAGUGCCCUAUCUUUUGCUUAAAGAUGCACGAUACAAAAAUUCUUCAUGUUGUCUGGUGUUGUCUUCUAUAAGAACUCUUUGAUGAAGGCAUUUGUCGCUAAUUUUUUUUGAAACAAUACACAUUUUAGAAAGACUAGGUACAAUAUGGCGAUAAACACUAGUCUUGGUCUUACCCAGCCUGUUUGUGCAUUGAAAACUCAAUCAUUCACGCUUUGCUUUUGUUGACAUAAACAUUGCCCUAUAUAAUUUUUGUCAGUAACGCAGCGUGACCGACGAUUUCAACCCUUUGACAAAGGCUGACAGAUAUAAGUCAAGAUUUGAUGACUUCUGUGAAUUGGCCCGAUAAAGAAUUUUGACCCGUUGCCGAUUCUGUUUCAUUCGGUACCGAUAAUAUUGGUACCGAUUGAAAACAGAAUCGGAAAAAAUUGGCACCC